AUGGCGUCCGGCGUGGAGCUGCGCAAGGCUGUGAUCAAGAACGCUGACAUGUCUGAGGAAAUGCAGGCCGAUGCAGUGGAUUGCGCCACCCAGGCGCUCGAGAAGUACAACAUCGAGAAGGACAUCGCUGCAUAUAUCAAGAAGGAGUUCGACAAGAAGUACAAUCCCACCUGGCACUGCAUCGUCGGCCGCAACUUUGGAUCGUACGUAACCCACGAGACCAAGCAUUUUAUUUAUUUCUAUCUGGGGCAAGUGGCGAUCCUGCUGUUCAAGUCCGGCUGA